AUGGCCUCCCAGUUCCUCCGAUUCGCCUGCCGGCCGCUCCUCUUUGCCGUACCGCUGUGUGCCUCAUAUUCGGUGCUACAAGCUAGAAUCAGCUCUCCUAUACGCUGCGAUUACGCAUCCGGACCUCUGCACCCGUCUUUAUCAGAAUUCAGCCUUCAACAUGGAAACCCUUCGUCCCAGCAAAAAGGACUGUUCGGUGGUCUAAUAACUGCCGAGACGGCCCGCCAGAUCAGCCUCGGCAGUGCCCUCGGGGUUCUCACUGGACUUGGACUACGCAUUUUCUCGAGGACCCUAGCGUUUUCCCUUGGACUUGCCAUUAUAAUAAUUGAGUGGGCUGCAUCCAAAGGAUACGACAUUCUACCGACGAGCUGGUUGCAGAGACACAUCAAAUCCGUUGACUUCCGAAAGCUAACGCAUGAAAAUGUCCCUUUCAAAGCUAGCUUUGGAACAACUCUGGCUAUGGCUGCUUUUGGUGAACUUUAG